GCCCAGGGUAAGCCAAGUUCCAGCUUUGGCGUCCCCUCUUUGGCUCCCACGCGAGGAAAGUUUGCAGCCGACUCUUGCGGCUGGCUCGCGCCCUCCGGGCCCAGCUGGACGAGUCUUUGGAGCGGGAGCCGUCCCAGCUCCGGGGAACCGUGAGCUGCGAUGCCUGGGGCGGGCUCCCGGGGCCCCGCCGCCGGGGACGGGCGGCUGCGGUUGGCAAGGCUGGCGCUGGUGCUUCUGGGGUGGAUCUCCGCGUCGGCGCCCAGCUCUUCGGUACCUUCGUCUUCCACCUCCUCUACAGCCUUCCUGGCCUCGGGGUCUGCGCAGCCUCCCCCGGCCGAGCGAUGCCCAGCGGCGUGUGAGUGCUCCGAGGCGGCGCGCACGGUUAAGUGCGUGAACCGCAACCUGCUGGAGGUGCCGGCGGACCUGCCGCCCUACGUGCGUAACCUUUUCCUCACUGGCAACCAAAUGACCGUGCUCCCGGCUGGCGCCUUCGCCCGCCAGCCUCCGCUCGCAGAAUUGGCGACUCUCAACCUCAGCGGCAACCACCUGAAGGAGGUGUGUGCAGGUGCCUUUGAGCAUCUGCCCGGCCUGCGCCAGCUCGACCUCAGCCACAACCCUCUCACCAACCUCAGCGCCUUCGCCUUUGUGGGCAGCAAUGCCAGCAUCUCGUCCCCCAGCCCCCUGGUGGAGCUGAUCCUCAACCACAUUGUGCCCCCGGAAGAUCAGCGGCAGAACGGGAGCUUCGAGGGCAUGGUGGCCUUUGAGGGCAUGGUGGCAGCUGCCCUGCGCUCAGGUCUUGCGCUGCAAGGGCUGAGUCGCCUGGAGCUGGCCAGCAAUCACUUCCUCUACCUGCCUCGGGACUUACUGGCCCAACUGCCCAAUCUAAGGCACCUGGACCUUCGGAAUAACUCCCUUGUGAGCCUGACCUAUGCGUCCUUCCGAAACCUGACACACCUCGAAAGCCUCCACUUGGAGGACAAUGCCCUCAAAGUCCUUCACAACAACACCUUAGCUGAGUGGCAAGGCCUGGCUCAUGUCAGGGUGUUCCUAGACAACAAUCCCUGGGUUUGCGACUGCUACAUGGCUGACAUGGUGGCUUGGCUUAAGGAGACAGAGGUGGUGCCUGAUAAAGCCAGGCUCACUUGUGCAUUUCCGGAAAAAAUGAGGAAUCGUGGCCUCUUGGACCUCAGUAGCUCAGACCUGGACUGUGACGCUAUCCUUCCCCCAUCCCUGCAGACUUCCUAUGUCUUCCUAGGUAUUGUCUUAGCUCUGAUAGGCGCUAUUUUCCUCCUCGUUUUGUAUUUGAACCGUAAAGGCAUAAAAAAAUGGAUGCAUAACAUCAGAGAUGCCUGCAGGGAUCACAUGGAAGGGUAUCAUUACAGAUAUGAAAUCAAUGCAGACCCCAGAUUAACAAAUCUGAGUUCCAACUCGGAUGUCUGAGAAACAGGACUGGUCAAGAACAACUCUGCAUGAGGUGUAGACUUUAAGUUUUUUGUUUGUUUGUUUUUUGUUU